AUGGCCGAAAGUCUCUCCUCAGAAUGCACACCACUCAAAAUCCAAUACGACUCGUGUUUCAAUUCGUGGUUUGAAGGCUAUCUCGAGCCUGCGGUGUCUGCGGCAUCCAACGAUCGCUCGGCGUAUGCGAGGAAGAAAGCGGACGAGUUUGAGAAGAAAUGUGGGGGUGUUUGGGAGGAGUAUCGGUCUUGCGUUCAGAAAGCGGUCAAGGAUCGAGGACUGGACAAGCUGUUGCAGGAAGCGAGAGAGGAGCAUCCUCUGACCGUGCCGCCCUCGAAUACGCCGUCAGGAACACCGACGUAG